UUCUCUCGUCCCAAGCAAAUCUCAAAUCUCAAAUCUCAAAUCUCUCAGCUUGCAAACAAAUGGUCUCUCUCUUUCUCUACACAAAAUCACAGAAAAUGGAACAAAAUCUACCAGUAAUGGCCAAAAGGAUAUGGGAAACUGUACGUGUUCUCUUCUUCAUGCUGCGAAAGGGCAUAUCCAAGAGAAAGCUUCUGGUUGAUCUCAACAUGAUGCUUAAACGCGGCAACAAGAUUGCAACUAAAGCCUUAGGGAACCUCAUGUUCAACCACCACCACCACCACAACAACAACCACCAUGACCACCUCCCGGAUAUCUCCUUCUCUGCCCCACCCCACGAGUACGAGUUCAGCUGCAGUAACACCCCCAUGUACUCACUUCCUUUCCAUGUCAACAAGCGCCGCCACCAUAAUAACUUCUUCUCAUGUGCAUUCCACACGCCACCAACUCUUGAUGAUGAUGUUACGACCAUGAAUGCUGUGAAGCUAGCUUUGGACAUGCUAAACAAUAACAACAGUGAGGUGAUGGUGGAGGCAUCUCCCAUGCUGCCGGGGUUUGGCCAGAGCCCAAUGGUGAGGCAGCUAAGGAUAACUGACUCGCCGUUCCCAUUAAGAGAUAUUGAUGAUGAUGAUAAUGGUAUUGUGGACAAAAAAGCUGAGGAGUUCAUAGCCAGAUUCUACAAGGAACUGAGGCACCAGCAGCAAAAGCUAUCAGAGAGAGACCGAUGAGUUAUCAGUUUCGAUUUGCAUCUCUUCUUGGUGUGGUCGACAUAACAAUCAAAAAAAAAACAAAGAAUUGUGUGUGCAGUAGUCAAUGUUCUUGAUGAAGAUAAAAUUAUAAUUAAGCAAUGAAAAUGAGCUGUAUAUUACAGGGAAUUAUCAAAACUUGAUCCUGUAUAUGCUUGAUUAGUAAAUGAUCAAUAUAUGUCUGCUUUAUGGAUAUUUAAAUUUAUUUUUCUUUC